CGAAUACUUUUUCGUUCGAAGCCAUUUUGUCAAGGAUACGAGGCGUGCGCUGAGGUUGCUUUUGUUCUUUUUAUUUGAGCUACUUUGUUAAAUAAUACUCGUAUAAAUAGGCACGGCAUUACAUCGCCGAGAUAUUUCAUCUCCACAAAGUUAUCGUCCUAAUAUCGCAUGUCCUCUAUUCAGAACCUCCAAUCUUUUGAUCCCUUUGCUGAUGCAACCAAGGGUGACGAUUUACUCCCGGCAGGGACAGAAGAUAAAAUCCACAUAAGGAUACAACAACGAAACGGACGCAAGACCCUAACCACUGUUCAAGGGAUCGCGGCCGAUUACGACAAGAAGAAGCUUGUGAAGGCCUUCAAGAAGAAAUUUGCCUGCAAUGGUACUGUGAUUGAACACCCUGAGUACGGUGAGGUCAUCCAGCUGCAGGGAGACCAGAGAAAAAACAUCUGCCAGUUCCUCAUGGAGAUCGGCAUUGUCAGGGAGGAGCAGUUGAAGGUCCACGGAUUUUAAAGUAAUGCUGUUGCUUCAAGACCAGGACCUCAUCAGCUUUUAGACUUUUCUGUUAUGUAUUGACCAAUAAAGUUCAGCCGCAUGUCUGAUGUAAAACUCUGAGGCAAUAAAAACACAAUGUCACAUUUUUUAAA